AUGGCAGAAGUCCAAAGCCGCGGAAGCGGCCCAAGAGGUCGCGGCGGUUUCAGAGGUGGCAGAGGUGGUUUCCGUGGCACUCGCAACCCUUCGAGAUCACAACACAAACCAGACCAUGAGCAAGAGAACAUUCCUCCCGCACCGCUAGAAGAUCAGGGUGAAGUCGGUGAAUUGCUCAAAAAGUUUGGCGACAAAGUCCCUCUCCUCAAAGAAAUCUGUCCUGGUUGGAGUGACGAAGAUUUGGUCUAUGCUUUGAACGAGACUGACGGCGACAUCAACGCUGCUGUUGACCGCAUUUCAAGUGGCACCAUCUCACAAUGGGGCGAGGUCAAGAAGAAACAUCCGAAGCCCAAAGAAGUCCCUCCCGCUACAACCGACGCUGCUUCUCGAGGUCGUGGCCGUGGUAAUUUCGAAGGUCGAGGGAGAGGCCGCGGUGCUGAGCGUGGUGCUAGGGGUGGCCGCGGUGCAAAAUCUGUCCCUACUGCACACACUAAUGGUACAAAACCCGCACAGACGACUGAUGGCUGGGAUUCUAUCACUUCCGCUCAAGCUCCAACCGAUGCCGCUCCAACGGCGUUCGAUACUGCUGCUCCAACAAAUGGCGAUGCGACUGCGACUGCGACGGACGGUUGGGCAAAUGAGCCUGGGAAGGACUCAUUGAUUUCUUUGCAAACUGAAGAGCCCAAGCCCGCUUCCGCUGCAGCACCAGCUACCGCCAAACCUGGUGGAUGGGCUGGACUGUUCGCUAAACCAACCCCUGCUUCGGCUCCCAAGAAGGCUCCUGCGCCCCCUCCUCCCGCUGUUGUGCAACCUGAACAAAUACCGGUUGAGCCUGAACCGGCAAUUGAAGAGCCCGCACCUCCUAUCGAGCCAAUUGUCCCGCCUCCGAUUGAAGCGGUGGACUACAACGAAGAAGGACCAAGUGAGCUGCCAUCCGCGCCGCACUCAGACACAGGAAAAGAUCUAACACCGCCUAAAGAUGAACUCACAGAGCAGAAUCUGGAGAAGCUGCCAGAUACGUCUCACCCGAUUGAAUCCGCCACUGCUGCCAGCACCGUCGCCAGCACCCAGGAUCCACUUGCCGCUGCCGAAAUUUCGAAGACCGCUGCUCGGCCAAUGUCAGGGUACGCUGCCACCGCGUUGAAAGCCACCGGAGGUACAAGUCGAUCUGCCAGCUUUGCGAGAAAGGUCAUGGAACAACAAGAGGCAGUGGUGAUGCCAGGGCAUCAUGCCGUUGAAAAAGCAGCUGUACAGUUUGGCAAAUUGGGCUUGAACGGACCGGAAGAUGUUGACGUCGACGAAGACCGAGAGGAACCGGAGACACGUACUCAACUCCCCGAUGACUCCCCCGCUGCCCCUCGCGCUUCGUUACCCCCAGCCGUGUCUGAAGCCCAGCAAGCGCCUGCUCCAGCUCCAACUCAACCGGUCGCUGAAGCUUCAUUGACUGCCCAACGACAAUCAUCCGGUCUGCCUUCUGCUCCUCAACAACCUCAUGAACCGUCACCUCAGACUUCCUCGGCAUAUGCAGAGCAGUACAGAUAUGGUCAAGGCCAGAAACCGUUCGAUCCCUUUGGUCAACCUCAAACCACUCCAGCCCAGACCCAAGAGCCGUUUUCUAACCAAGUACCCAGUCAACCUAGCACAGCUACAUCUCAGCCGGAUUAUUCUUCCUAUUACGGUCGUGACGCUUACAACUACUAUGCUUAUGGUCAUGGGCAAGAUGCUCAGCGAACUGGCAGCACUUUUGGUACUUCGGCUCCGGAUACUCAAGGGCAGUAUGCCACCUCACGUCCUCAACAUGGAAUGGGUCAACAGGAAGCGCAAGGCAGCGGACAAAAUACUCCAGCACCUGGCAUGCCCGGUCACCCCACCCAGCAGCCGGCUGGUCACAUGCAACAAACCCAAGGUCAUGGAUAUCCCGGCUAUGGCUACCCGAACGCAUACAACCAACAAUAUCCCCAGUAUGGCGGGAACUACAUGGGCUCAAUCAAUCAUCGAUACGGAGCCAACCGGCCAAUGUUUGAUGAUGUACGACGUCAAGAGAAUGAAUACUAUGGCAGUCAAUACAACUAUGGGCAAAAUCAUUAUGGCAACACCUACAAGUCGAACAUGUAUGGACAACCUCAGCAAGGAUACUCCUAUGAACACUCGUCGUCUCCAGCAAACGUCAGUGGCUUUGCGCGAGAAGGAGGCUAUGGCAGAACAGGGUCGGCUCAGCCUUCUGAAGCCCAGCAAAGUGCUGCUGGCAGCACCGGCUUCGGCGGCAUCCCUGAUCCCUUCGGACGAUCAUCCUCCAGUUUUGGACAGACUCAAGGCUUGGGUCAACAGCAUGGAGCUCAUUCCGAGGAUCCCGCAAAGGCCUCAGGACCGAGUCCCUCGAUGCAAGGUGGCCGGCCCGGAUCCGCCGUCAACAGUUUCCCCGGUCAGCAAGGUGGUUUACCUCCUCCAUCGCAGCAUUCAGGUCAACAGGCUUUCGGCGCAUAUCCUCAGUACGGGAGUGCAUUGGGCAGCGGCCACCAAAACACCCAUCAAAACACAGGAUACGGAGGCUACGGGUCAAAUACUGGAUUCAACACAUAUGGCGGAUAUGGUGGCGGCCGAGGAUGGAACGGCAGCUAUGGUUCUGGCCAUUAG